AUGCAAUCACUGAUGGUUGAGAAGCAAAAGGAAGCCUGUGAGCAGACGGCGAAAGCAGGGCAGGCCCUGCAAACCCUUGUGAACUCUACGAAAAUUCUUCAGAAGCAGUUGGAGGAGGAAAUUUCGAAAAAGUAUGAUGGAAGGCGAGUGAACAUCAUGGGUGGCAUAACUGCAGCCAUUGCUGGUCGGUAA